AAGAAAUUUAUUUUUAUUUUUGUAUGUUUGAAAGGUCUUGUUGACCGUAACAAGUCUUUAUUAUAGCACGGGUCUUUUAUUAUCUCUUUUAUUUAUAUUAAUUUUGAAGUGAAGUGUGUUUAGUGUUAACCAUAAACAAUGAAUUUCUUAUCGACAAGUUUGUUUGUUGUGGCGUUUAUUGUUGCAACAACGUUAGGUCAAGAAGUUGUUCCACUAGACCAACGAUGCUUGGGUUGUAUAUGCCAAGCAAUUUCCGAUUGUAAUACAAAUGCCAAAUGCGACGGUUCUACAUGUGGAUUAUUCCGUAUAACAUGGGCAUAUUGGGCAGAUUCUGGUAAACCUACACAAGAUGGACAAGGGCCUGAAGAUCAAGAUGCAUAUCCAAAUUGUGUAAAUGAACCAUACUGUGCUGCACGUUCCGUACAAGGAUACAUGAAUCGAUUUGCAAAGGAUUGUAAUGGAGAUGGUGCUAUUGAUUGUUUGGAUUACGCAAUAAUCCACAAAUUAGGUGGAUACGGAUGUGUUGGUGGACAAAUUACUGGUGCCUAUGCUGAAAAAUUAAACCAAUGUUUAGUUCAAACCGGUUAAAAUAUUCGCUCUUGAAAACAAUGAAGAAAAAGCUACAAAAAAAACAUUCAAAAAAAAAGGAAAAAAAAUCAUCGAUUAUCG